GGAAAUGUCAUCCUCAUACUUUGGCGCCAGUGGCCCUGAUCCUAUAUCCCGGCAAAGUCCUGCAGCAGUCAGGUUUCAGAGAAAAGUUUCCACAGGGUCUGCACCGACAGUUCCACCGCCGGCAGUACCUCCACCGGAGAGCAGUGCAGACGAAGAGGAGCCACGUGCUAGCUCGAAUAAUAACUAUUCGUCGACGUCUACAGUUGCAGCACCGACUAGAGAACCGACGAGGGUUUCUACUUUGAAACGAGAAGAAAAAGAGAAGAAACAAAAAGAGCGUAUGGAAAGAGAGCGAAGGGAAUUGGAAGAGAAACGAGUACAAGAGGACGAAAUGAAAAAGGAAGAGCACAAUCAUACAGUACACCCAUCACUCGGAGAACGAACGAGUUAUGUUGAAGAACCACCAUCAACUACAACUACAUUAGAUAGAAGGGAUCGUAAAGCAGAAAAAGCAUUGGUCCGCCGAAUCACAAAUGAAAUGCAAAUGGCCACGUACGUCCAACAAAUAGAUUUAUCCACUGUAAAACAGCCUGUCGGAGCCUAUACCCAAGGUGUAUUCCGAAUCAGGAUGCUCCGAUUCGCCGAGGCCAUUCUCCGCCGAACGUUCUGGGCGCUUGGAAAAUUCAUCGCAAACCAUAAAAUUGUGUCAAUUCUGGUAGCACUUUUGUGUUUUGCCACAGCAUUCAUUCUACCAACUCUCCACAAAGAGCAUCUGUACAUUGAUCUACCGUUCUCGCACAUUCUGGGCUCCGACAGUGACGUCAUAUCCAACGGAAUUGGCAUUUCGCCAAAAAUGCAAGAGUUCAAUUCAUCGAAUCCGGCAUUUUCUUGCAUGAAAUGGAGGGAUAGCAAUCGGUUUGCAGUGCUUCUCAGGACGAUGGCCUCCCGAGAUACGAUUCUCCGAAAAGACGCGGUGCUCGCCUACACGGCUCUCAAGAAAAAGCUCGAUCAUUUCCCAGUUGAAAAGCGCGAAUUUAUGACUCAAUGCUCUUUAGAGUGUGAAACGGACAAGGACAUGGUCGACAGAAUAAUCAAAAAGAGCCCGCAAGUUGCUCUGACAUAUCCCGAGACUUUUGUGAGCAUGAGCAAGGAUUCGACAAAUCUCACGAGGGUUUAUCUUGGAGCAGCAAUCGGAGGUGUUGAGACAGAUACGGAUGGAGCAAUUUCAAAGGCAACGUCUCUUUUGAUGAACUUUGAGUUGAAGGAUGAUUUGACUGGGAAAGAGCAUAAUUCUUGGCAUCGACAUUUCGAGGAUCAGACUCGACUUACAGCUGCAUCCAAUAUCUCAUUAAUGUCCUGGUCUCCAGAGACAUUUAAGGAUACUGUAGUUGCUUCCCUUAAGGAUCAGUAUUGGUGUCUCCAAUUCUGCGUCAUCAUCCUUUUCGUAUUCUGCUUCCUCGGCUCUUUCGGCAUCAAUGCUUAUCAGUCGAAGCCCUGCCUUGGAAUAAUGAUAUUCAUCACACUCGUCGUUGGUUCAAUCACAGGCCUUUCUAUGCAAUUCUACAGAGAUCUUCCUGUUGAUCCAUUGGUGUAUCCCAUUUGUUUUGUGACUAUUGGAAUUGGUCUCCUCUGGCUCUUCCAAUUGCAGUUCAGCUGGUCCCGUUAUUCAUCGGCCGCUGUUCACCCGACGGAAAAAAUUGCGUUCAUUCUGGCUCACGAUGCUCCUGGAAUAGCCGCAAGCGCCGUGGUUAUUGUAUUGACAUUCCUUGCCAUGGGAGCUGCAAUUCAAAAUGGUCAUAUGGUAUCCUCAUUUUUGGGAAUUGCCUCCUCCGUUGCUAUUCUUCUGGUAUUCACCGUAUUCUUCAUCUCCGUAUUCGUGUUCAUCGGUGGCAGUCGCGAGGCUCGUGGAGUCAAAUGGUACCAGAUCUUCAAAACCGGUGACACGCAUUUCACGGCGCCCCAACUCGCCUCCUUCGACUCAGCGUCUCUCUUCUCUCUACACGACCGUCUCCUGGACGCCCGUCCGUGUGCAUCAAGAGCCGUCGGAGCAUUUGUGAUAAGUCCAAAGAUCCGGUAUCCGAUUAUUAUGCUGUGCACCGCCUAUGUUUUCUUUGCGAUCUAUGGAUUCUAUAAUACAGGAAUCGAUAUCAAAGAAGAGUACUUCCUGCCUGCGGGUUCAUCUGAGAAAUCAUUCAUCGAGCAGUACCGAGACCAGUUUGGAAAAACCACCCAAUUCGUUGAACUAACUAUUGAAAGCAGUAUUGAAUACCAUGACCAUGAAGUUCAGAAUAACAUAUUUGAUAUUAUGGAUUUUGCAAUUGCUGAAGGAUACGCGACACGAGCUGUCAACUGGUUGGCGGAAUUCGCAAAAUUCGAAAAAGCGAGCAUCUACGAUGUGAAUCCGGACACAUUCGUGCCAGUCGUCAAUCUUGUCUUCCUGCCAUCGGAGACCUAUCGAAAAUAUACUUCAGAUAUUGUGAUGGAUCGAUUCCAGACUCAGAUUAUCAAGUCCAGAAUGUAUUUGGAACUUACCGCCAAAGGAUUCGCAGAGAGAACCUCAUUCGUGGACACAAUUUUGAAGAAAGCAGCGGCAAAGGGAAUCCCACUUUCCGUGGAUAUUCCAUCAUCAAUGUCUCUUCGUCACGAUAUUAGUGUAUUUACGUCUGGAAUGUUGGCAUUUGGAGUAGCAAUUGUUAUGCUUUUCUUUGUUUCGUUGCUGCUUCUGGGUCAACCAGCACUUACUGUAAUGCUUCUGAUUACUUCAAUUGCUGUGCUGGGAGAAACCGUCGGCUAUGCCUAUUUCUGGUCCGUCCCAAUGAACAUUGUUACGCUUACAAUGGCUCUCGCCGGAAAUGCACUCACUUGCGUGAUCGUCAUAGCCUUCUGCUACAGCUACUCAAUGUCCGGAAAAUCGCAAAUUCGCGCGGGAGUUCGAAUUCAGUACACUUUCCAAGCAACCCUCGUCCCGGUACUCUUUGCGUGCAUUGUUCCCGUGCUAACAUUCCUCCCAUUGCUCUACGUCGAUGUUCCGGUGGUUAAUCAUUUGUUCAAGAUUGUCGUACUCAAUGCGACUGCGUCUCUUAUCCAUUACCUCUUCUUCUUGCCAAACAUGAUGUUGGCUUUCUCUGAGCGAUUCGGCUUCUCGUGCACCUCAUUUCAGUGCGCAGAGCUCUGUUGUGAUAUGGAUGAUGAAUCAUCGAUUUAUUAUAUUCCAACAGGUGGCCGAGCUAUUCAUCCGGAAGGCCUCUACCAUCAUCCAUCGUACACUUAUACAGUACCCAAACCUCUUAUGAAUGCCCCACCACCUCACUAUUUGGCUAUUGCUGCUCCGCCAGUAAACUCGAUUUACGGGCAGACAGAAUACACGUCGAGAGGUGAAAUGAAGAGAGUUUCGAGAAGAAAUCGAAGGCAUAGUGAAUCUUCAAUUGGAGAAACUGAAAAUGAUGGAACACCGGGAAGAGAUCGAGAAUCGAGGAGACGCAGACAACGACGAGCCGUCAGCAGAGAUAGCGAGAUUUAUGAGGAUCUACCGAGUCCGCGAGCAGUAAACUCUUCUCGAUCUACAUCACCCCGCCGUCAGCAGCCUGGAAGUAUGCGCCGCCCGAAUAAUCACCACUCGGGAUCCCAAAAUCCACGUCCACAGGCGUUCCAUUACGAUGAGGGAGCUCAAUGGCGUCCAUAUGUACAACCAUCUCCAUAUAUGUUCUAUCCAGGACCUGUUUAUGGACAACAACAGCGGCGAUAAUAUUUUUCGAAAAUUUUUGUGAAACAAAUUUUUUUUGCGAAAGUUUUGAAAUUUCCAAUUUUUUUGUUGCAAAACUCUAAAAACUCUAAAAAUCUCUCAGGGACCAUUUAUUUAUUGAUUUUUUUCUAAUCAUUAUCAUCAUAUUAACCUGAAUUUUCCUUACAUUCACCGUGACACCCUAACCCUCUCCUUCUGCCAAGUUCUUUCAUAUUUUGCCAAAUACAAUUGGUGCUAUGUAUUUUUUUAAAAAUUUAUUUAUAUAUA